UCGGAGAAGGAGUGGAUUUCCUUAGCUACUUUUUAUGGCCCUAGCUUUGAAGCAAUUUUAGCUCCAACACCAAGCCUUAUUACUCAAGAAAGACCAGCACAGUUUAGAAGAAUAAAUGUUGUAGACAGUAGACUACUACAAUCUUAGUUUUUCACAAGGGAUCCGUGGAAAAUCAUAUUUGAAUGAAAUAAAGAUCACAAAGGGUGGAGAAUGAUAACAGUACUUACUAGAACAAUUAGGGAAUUGAGAUGAAAAAUGAAUUAAUAAGUAUGCAUUGUAGUAAUUGAAUUUCUCAAACUGCCCUUUAUUUUCAUUUAAUUAUUUCCUUAUAUUUAAUACUAGAAUAGACUUUUCUCUCUUAGGACCGAUUAAUGGUCAUCUAACUAAAAACUAGAAUUCCAAAGCAUCUGACCAUCCACAAUAAGGACACCAAACUUGGUAGAAAUUAGAGAUGUAACUUACAUGAAUAGUAGUCAUCUACUAUUCCUUCUAUUAGAUAAAAAUGUGCAUAGUACAUAUAUAUUGAUGCAGAUGAUUUUAUCAACUAAUAUGUGUAAUAAUAAAAUCAUUGUAGCUGGUUAAUCAUGGAAUAAGUACUUCGUUGGUGGAAUAUAUGAAGAGAGACACUAAAACAUUGUUUGAACUACCAAAGGAAGAAAAGAAGAAGCUAUGGCAGAAAGAAGGAAAGAUGGAGGGAUUUGGUCAGGCCUUCAUUUUAUCUGAGGAACAAAAGCUAGAAUGGGCAGAAUUGGAAAAACUUGCCAUCAAAAUCAUUGAACUUAUGGCAAAUGCUCUUGCAAUAAAUCCUAAGGAAAUGACAGAGUUGUUUAACAUAGGAACUCAAAUCAUAAGGAUUAUUACAAAUGGAAUUUACCCAAUCAUUGUACAUCGAGCAACCGUUAAUUCAGAGAAGGAGAGGAUUUCACUAGCUACUUUUUAUGGCCCUAACAUGCAAGCAAUAUUAGCUCCGGCACCAAGUCUUGUAACUCAAGAAAGACCAACACAGUUUAGAAAAAUAAGUGUUGUAGACCAUUUCAAUGGGUACUUUUCACAAGUGCUCCAUGGAAAGUCAUAUCUAAAUCAAAUGAAGAUCACAUAG